AUGAGGAAAGUCCAACCGUCACAGAAGAGCCGUUUUGUGGUUCUACGGUUGGGACGGAGCCGUUGGACUUCCGUCCUCCCUGAGAUUAUGGCGCCAUCUAUCGGCCGUGGCCGGAACUACACUCGUCCUGAGAUUUUACCUGGAGGCGAGGACGUCAAAGACCUCUACCAUCAGUCCUACGAGUCGGUGUGUGUGAUGUUCGCCUCCAUUCCCGACUUCAAAGAGUUCUACACCGAGUCCGACGUGAACAAGGAGGGCCUGGAGUGCCUCCGUCUCCUAAACGAGAUCAUAGCAGACUUCGAUGAGCACCCAAGACAUCCGGUCCUCGGUUGCCUAGCAACCACUAACAGCGGCGUCCUCAGGCCGGGAGUUCUCCUCCCUGUUUUUGGUCCCAGGGACUUUAGUCCCCGUUGUUUUUGGGUUGUUUUUGGGUUAUUUGACAGCAGGAUGGACCCUUUAAUGGAGACCAAACGGCCGGCCACCCUUUCGGCCUUCAGCUACGUCCCACCAAGGAGAACCGAGCCCAAAGAGCUGUCCUAUUUCAACAGAGAGUCACAGGCCCCUGAAGUCUCCACAUACGACCAGAUCUUCAACCAGGAGCAGGGGUUCGACGUGAGGCUGCGGAGGGACGACAGGAAACACUGGAGAGGCCGGGGGCUGAACAUAAACCAGGAGGAGCUGCUGACGUGCUGUGAAGAGGGUAAAGGAGAGAUAAAGGACGGCCUGGAGGUGAUGCUCAGCGUUCCCAAGAAGGCCAACGACGCCAUGCACCUCUCCAUGCUGGAAGAGUCUGAAGGCUCCGCCCCCUUUGUUUCCAGCGAAUCGGGCGAGGCCACGCUGAGGAUUGUGGGCGUGGCCUCUGAGGACGACGGCGUCUACACCUGCGUGGCCACAAACGAGCUGGGCAGCGCCGCCUGCUCCGCCAGCCUCCGGGUCCUGGCCGUGUCGGCCGACGGGGUUCGGAUCACCUGGAAGGAAAACUUUGAGGCUCAUUACAGCGAGGUGGUGGAACUGGGAAGGGGGCGCUUCUCCGUGGUGAAGCGCUGCGAGCACCGGGGGUCCCGGCGCGCGGUGGCGGUGAAACAGGUGAAGAAGAAGCUAAUGCGGCGCGAGCGCGUUAGCGAGGAGCUGCGGCUAAUGCGCCGCCUGCAGCACCGAAACAUCGCCGCCCUGCUGGACGCCUACGAGACGCACACAUGCUACGCACUCGUGCUGGAGAUGGCGGAGCAGGGCCGGCUGCUGGACUACAUCGUGAGCUGGGGGAACCUGACGGAGGAGAAGGUGGCCGGAUACCUGCGGGACGUUCUGGAAGCUUUACAGUACCUGCACAGCUGCAGGAUCGCACACCUGGACGUGAAGCCUGAGAACCUGCUGGUGUCCCUGGGCCCGGGCGGUCUUCCUGUGGUCAGGCUGUGUGACUUUGGGGACGCGGUGCAGCUGGGCGGGGCCCCCCACGUGCACGCGCUGCUGGGCAGCCCCGAGUUCGCCCCCCCGGAGCUGGUCCUGGGGGCGCCGGCGGCCCUGACCUCUGACCUCUGGGCCCUGGGCGUGGUGGCCUACGUGCUGCUGAGCGGGGCCUCGCCCUUCCUGGACGAGUCCCCCGAGGAGACCUGCCUGAACAUCGUGCGUCUGGACUUCAGCUUCCCCCCCGAGCUGUUCGGGGGGGUGAGCGGGGGGGCGCGCGGCUUCGUUAGCCUGCUGCUAAGGGCCGACCCGGGCCGCCGCCCCCCCGCCCGCCUGUGCCUGCAGGAGCCCUGGCUGCAGGGGGGGGGGCCGGAGGGGGUUGGGGGAGCGCUCCUCGGGGGACUCGAAAAACCAGACCGACGCCAGGCCCGUCGGGGGGGCGGGGGGGCUCAUACUGGACCGCCUCCAGACCCCCUGACCAGGACCCCCACAGACCCCCACAGAACCUCGGGAGGAAAACAAACCAAUGCUGAUCUCAUCCUCUUUCACCAAGACCCCUAUGGGACUCCAAAAGACCCCUUUAGGACUCGAGAAGCCCCCUUUAGGACUCGAGAAGUCCCCUUUAGUCCUGCAAGACUCCAUAAGACCCCUAUGGGACUCCAAAAGACCCCUAUAGGACUCGAGAAGCCCCCUGUAGUCCUGCAGGACUCAAGAAACCGCCUUUAG